CCAUGCUGGUUCAUCAUCCAUCACUCGUUUCCUGUUCAAAUACAAAUCCUGCCAGACGUACCCACACUGCAACAAACACACAUACAUCGCCUUCUCACAUGGAUAUCUGCUCAUGGAUCCACAACCUCCCAGCACCCGACUCCUGGCCCGAAUCGGACCCGCAACUCCUCCUAGAACUCGCCACUUCAAACAGCGGCGCUACCCCAAAAUCCAUACUCCUCGAAGCUGAGCGGACGUCGGGAUCGAACACCGAAGCUCUGGUCACGUUCUCCGUCUGCUUACGCGGAUUCUUCCAGCUUUCGAAUCCACACAAGACGCCCUGGGUCUCGAACCCGUGCCCCCUCUCGACCUCGAAACCGUUCCUCCCUCUCCUCCUCCAGCUACUACAAGAUAUCAUAACCCGAGCGCCCACGGCGCAUGAUAACGGAACAUGGACACCGCCGCUAAAGCUGGACCCCGCGGCAAUCUCUCGAGUGUUGGGAUCGUUUCCGCCCGAUCAGCUAUCCCAUUUCUUCAAUCUCGUCUUCCUGUGCAGGCUUUUCUGGCUCUGCGUCUAUGAUGCCCCGGCCGAAGCCGGCUCGCUUUAUUUCCAGACGUUGGCUCCGUGUUUCAAUACCUUCCUUGUACGUGACCGUGUCAUUGCAGCCUUUCUGACCGCCAUCGGCGCAGAUGGUGAGCUUUUAUUUAUGCGCACCGUGGGUUACAUAUUAGUAAAGUGGUCCAUUUUAAGAGAGGUUAGUGGAAUUUCCCACCCAUCAUUGCCUCACGCCGGGUUCUCUUACGGGCGAGAAUCUCAAGGGUUUUGGGUUCUUAGAGGCUACGCCCCGGUCUCCGCUAUGAGCCGUACAGUUUUCAACAGUCAAAAGGACCUGUUCGGGCUUCUCGAGGCGAAGGAGUCCGCGCUAAGAUACACACUAGCGCACCAGCAGCUCGAGGCCGUUGUCCAGUUGGAAUAUUCUGUUCGGUUCCACGGGCGUUUCAUCCAGGUCGGCAUACGUUUGGAUAACCUGCGCAUCCACGUGACUCGACUGGGGUUCGUUCAGAGGGAAGAAGCCGAGGAGGAACCGGAGGAGUACGCGGGCGAGCGGCAUUUCCCAUCGCGGGUCCGGGUCACGAUCGGGCCGGAUACCGGCUCGGCAUGCGUGGCCGGACUGACGCUGGGCCGGUCCACGUGCAAUCCGGAACGGGAGGUGGAGACGCAGCGAGUGGUGAAGGGCAGUUUCGGGAACUCGAAAUUCCCGAAGAUGAAAGCGACGGCGAAGACGGCAUCGACGGUCAGGAUGAGGAGUUGGAGGUGGGACCAGGACGCGGAAGGGAAUACCGCGGUUUUCGAGGGGGUUUUGUGUGAUAACGGGAGUGGGGUCGAGGUCGCCACGUGGCGGCCUGGGAGUGGUGGUAGGGUGGACCCCAGGGGAGGUUUUAGAAGGCGGUAUUCCGGGGCUAGCCGGGCUUUUAGUAAGGUGGGGGGAUUGGUGUUUGCAGGGGAUGCGUACGGAGAGGAGGUGAGCUGGAGAUUGGGCAAAGAGGAGGUGAGGAUGAUGAUGGAAAGGGACGGUGGAGAUUUGAAGUGGAGGUUGGGUGGGAAGGUUUGGGUGACUUACUGGCCAGAUGAGGUUACGACGAAUUAUUACGAGACUAGAUGUGUGGAGUGGUGCGAGGAAGUUGAAUUGCCUAUUGAACUUCAGGAACUGACCAGGUGUUAGGUUACCAUCAGCUCGUCUUAAAAAAAAGUAAAAACACGAAAAACAAAAAACGGGUGGUGGCUCAGUCUCGGUAUACUUUAUCAUUUAUAAUACAUACCUGACCGUUCAGAUUGUGAAAAUAAUUGUUAGCAGGGAGUAGUCCAAAUACCAAGCAGAUCGGUCGUUUCUAUCAUCAUCUCGUUGUAUAUUCAAAUGAACGAUUUACUUUUCAAAAUC